GUGUGUGUGUGGGUGCGUCUGCGUACUGUGUACUGUAUCCACUGUGUACUGUCGCUGUCACUGUGCGUACUCGUGCGUUGCGCCCUGUUUCGUGUUUUGUACGGACAUCAGCUGGGAAAACUUUUCUUCUCUGGAGGUGCCGAAGACAGGGACGGGUCAUCAGAAAUAAGGUGAGACGCCCGUGCAGCCGCCCCUGGAGGAGCUGCUGUGCCGCCUGGAGAACGUGACAAGCCGACUGGAGCGGUCUGUGCGCGUCGUGGAGACGGCCGCGCUGUUCCCGGGCCAGAGCCUGGGCCACACUCCGGCACCGCAGUCGCCGCCGCAGCCGCACCAGCCGCACCAACCACCGGCCGCGUCGCCCGGCGCCCCGCCCCCGCGCACUGUGACUUUCGAUCUGCAAAACGGCACCAUGAGCAUCCAGGUGUAUUCGGACAUCGUGGCCGGGCCCCUAGCCGAAUACCUCGCCCUCUCCGCUCAAAUCGGAGGUGACGUGGCUGAGCAGUCCGGAUUCGUCAAAGAUGCCUUCCAGGCCCAGCUUCAGUUUUUGGGAGUUGCUGGCAGCCGGCCCAAGCCCACCAAUCAGAAUGAGAUUGUAACUCUGUUGCAACCCACUUCAAAACUUAUAAUGACAAUUCAGGAACAUAGGGAGAAGAAGCGACCAUCACCUCAAUUCAACCACCUUAGCACCAUCAGUGAAAGUAUUUCUGCCCUUGGGUGGGUCACUGUGAGCCCUACCCCAUCUCCAUUUGUCAAGGAGAUGAAGGAUGCCGGCAUGUUUUAUGGCAACCGUGUCCUCAAGGACUUCAAGGACAGGGACCGUCGCCACGUAGACUGGGUCAAUGCCUGGAUUCAGACUCUGGUGGAACUCCAGGACUUCGUGAAGAAACACCACACCACUGGGCUGGAGUGGCAGCCCAUGCGAGCAGGUGGUGCCCCUCCCCCUCCUCCGGCCGCUAUGCCCCCACCGCCCCCGGUCCUUCCCGAGGGAGACCUCUCAAACCUGGCACUUGACCCCUCUAAGGACAGGUCAGCACUGUUUGCUGAAAUUAACCAGGGACAGAAUAUCACUCGCAAUUUGAAGAAAGUCACCUCAGACAUGCAGACCCACAAGAACCCAAAUCUGCGCACUGGGCCUGCUCCAUUCAAGACUGCUGAGGGACCCAAGGGCACUGGAGGUGGAGCAGUUGCCCCUGCUGCUGACAAACCACCCUCAUUCACAAGGGAUGGAAAGAAGUGGCUUAUUGAAUACCAAAAAGGCAACAAGAAUCUUGUUGUUGAGGGCGCAGAGAUGAACAAUGUUGUGUACAUGUUCAAGUGUGUUGAUUCUACCUUGAUUGUGAAAGGCAAAAUUAAUUCUAUUGUGAUGGAUUCUUGCAAAAAGUCUGCAGUGGUGUUUGACUCCCUUGUGUCGUCUGUUGAAUUUGUCAACUGUCAAUCUGUUCAAAUGCAGGUCACUGGUGUGGUACCUACAAUUACUAUUGACAAAACUGAUGGCUGCCAGAUGUAUUUGAAUGACCAAUCACUGAAUGUGUCAAUUGUCAGUUCCAAAUCUUCAGAGAUGAAUGUCCUUAUCCCUACUGCUAACGGUGACUAUACUGAACAUGCCAUUCCUGAACAAUAUAAGACAACAGUUAGCAAGAGCGGACUGACCACUACUGUGGUUGAGAGUUUGGGUUAGACUGUGCACUCGCUGGCAGCUUGUGUCCUCUGCUCAUUUUGUGCACAAGACUUCCUUCGUUCCGUGUGUUUGGUCUGAUAACAAGAUGGUGCUGUGACAAUCAAGGAACGUUACUAUACGAUGCUGUGUGAAGUGUAAGAAUGUUUUCAUAGUGUUUACAGGAAGAAGCAAUUGUUUUCCUCCAACAUUUUAUAAUUGUUUUCUUUUCAAUCAGUAAUAAGUUUCCAGCUUUUGUUUAAUCAAACACUAGGUUUUCAGAUGUUACCCAUUUACAGUACUAUGUAUAAUUCAAUAACAAAUGAAUUGAAAAUUUUGUAGCAGCUCAAAAAU